UGCAUUCCAGCUCCCAGAUCUGUGACGAUCUCUUUGUACUGGAAACCGGAGCCCUCAGAAACGUCAACCGCACGCAUAUUACACUCCCCAUCUAUGUCUUUUCCGGCUGGUCUCGCUCGUUUUCGGUCUCCUUUUUGUCGCCGUUUGUUUAUGAAUAUGGUCUAUGGAAAAUUUGAGCCUCGGAGUACGUCCUUGAAGUUGCGAACACCACCGGUAUUGAUACGCGCACUGUCUUCGCCCGCUGCAUCUCUCAGUGACAUUGAAGAACCCCGUGGUCCUGUUACCACACAAAAAUUUCAAGCCGAAACGAAAAAAUUAUUAGAUAUUGUCGCCAAGUCACUUUAUUCGGAUAAAGAAGUGUUUAUCCGUGAACUCAUCUCAAACGCUAGUGAUGCCAUCGAGCGUCUUCGAUUCCACCAGACCACAUCGGCAGAUGUCUCCAGCGAUUCAUCUUUCGAAAUUAACUUGAAAACUGAUGAACAGAAUCGUUUGCUUAUCCUGCAAGACAAUGGAAUCGGUAUGACCAGAGAAGAAAUGGAACAAAAUCUGGGUACCAUUGCUCGAUCGGGGAGCCGGGAGUUCUUGUCCGGAUUGAACAAGCAGAGCAGUCAUACCCCGAGUGCAGACAUCAUUGGACAAUUCGGAGUUGGUUUCUAUGCCACCUUCAUGGUGGCCGACAAAGUUGAUGUCUUCUCACGAAGCCAGUCCAAGGACUCCUCCGGUGAAAUCGGCCACCAUUGGUCGUCCACUGGUCAUGACGGCGAAUACCAAAUAAGCGAAGCUACAAAUGUUGCGCCUGGCACGAAAAUUGUUAUCCAUCUAAAAGAGUCGGCCUCGGAGUUCGCAAGAGAGGACACAUUGGAACGGGUGCUGCGCAAAUACAGCAACUUUGUCGGUGCUCCCAUUUUCCUAAAUGGACGACGUAUCAACACUGUUUCACCGACAUGGAUGAAAGAUCCAUCCAGAAUUGAUGACGAGGAACAUCGUGCAUUCUAUCAGUACCUCAGCGGGAACACAUACGACUCCUUUCGAUACGUCUUUAUGUACAAAACCGACGCACCGAUCAAUCUCCGCGUAUUGCUCUAUGUGCCAAGUCUGAAACCGAGCUUAUUCGAUAUUGCUCGUGAUGCGGACACUGGCGUUGCUCUGUACUCUCGAAAGGUACUCAUCAUGAACCGAACCGAUGCUGUGCUUCCAAAAUGGCUCCGUUUUCUCAAAGGCGUGGUGGACAGUGAGGAUAUUCCACUGAAUCUGAGCCGUGAACUACUUCAAGAUAGUGCCUUGAUCAGCCGCAUCAAAAACUUGUUGACAACGCGUAUUUUACGCUACUUUUCGCAACAGGCCUCUAGGAACGCAUCCCAGUUCGAUCAGUUUCUCAAAGAUUUCGGUCUCUACUUGAAAGAGGGCCUGAUAACCGAGACCGAACAAGGGACACGUGAGGAAAUCGCCAAGUUGUUGCGUUGGGAGACAAGUGCUCUGCCUGUCGGACAGACAACAUCUUUGGACGAGUACGCGAGUCGCAUGACCGCUGGAGAACGAAAUAUCUACUUCCUUUCAGCUCCUAGUCGCCAAAUGGCAGAAACUUCCCCUUAUUUUGAGGCUGUUAAAAAGAAAUCACCGCAAACAGAGGUUUUGUUUUUGUACGAGCCGUACGACGAACUAGUGCUGAUGAACCUGACACAGUUCGAUCGAAAGCAGUUGCGUUCCAUUGAGAACAUGGUUGCGGAAGACGCAUCAGAUACGGACAGUGUGGGCCCACAGCGCCCCAACUGUCUCACAGAAGAAGAGGCCACACGUCUCGUGAAUUGGGCGAAGACGUCUCUUGGAGAGAAGGUGAAAAAUGUCAAGGUCACUCAACGUCUCACCACUCACCCUUGUUUGGUUACCAUUCGGGAGGCAGGCGCAGUGCGUCACUUUCUCCGCACCACACUGGCUGAUCGCUCGGCAGAGGAGCGCUUCCGUGUGAUGGAACCGGUGUUGGAACUGAAUCCAGACCACCAACUUGUGCGAUAUUUAUCUCGACUUGUGCCGGGCGCAUCGGAACCAAACGAAGAACUAGCCGCCGCACUCCUCCAGCAUCUUUUCGACACCGCUUUGGCGCAGGCCGGCUUGUUGGAUGAUGUCCGUGGCCUAGCUGGACGCACGAAUGAUUUGGUUACGCGGCUUAUCACUGUGCCCGCUUGACGUUUUCAUCGUGAGGAUUUCUUAGAACAUUAUGUUUAUAGCUUGUCUGUACAGUACUCAUUUCCAUUUUUCUCUUUUGAUGGCAUAUCUGAUUUUACUGAAUCGUCUCCCCAUAAACUGACUUUUCACGCUACACACUCGGUUGUUCUCCUCUUCGUUGCUCAAUGGGAGAAUCGAGUUCGCUGUGUUCUUUGGCUCUUCUUUCUGGUUUUGUAUCGACUAAGCGAACCAAAGUGUGCUUCUCCACCUACUUAAACUACACGUUUGUGGAGGUCAUCACAAUUUCUUUACGUUUGUCGCUUCCCUCCAGUUACAAAUUUACCCUUGCUCUGGAUUUCGGAUCAGCUUGGUUUUCCGCACCUAUAUCUU